AUGGCUAAGGUAAGUAUAUUGACCUUCACCCCUGGAGUAAGUCUGACAUUAGGCAGUUGGAAUGCUGGGCAUGCAUGGCCAGUGGCAAACAGUGCAACACAUCCCGCCUUCAGAAACGCGACCAACUUCAUCAUCAGUGUCAUACCGGUACCUAUUGGCGCCAGUCUUGAACAGAAGGCUGAUCUGCAAAACGUCUUGACCAACAUUCAGGAUGAGGCCUUGAGACAGGCUGGUCCUGAUGGAUGUACCUACGUCAACGAGGCUGAUCCCUUCCAACCUAAUUGGCAAGACGCUUUCUGGGGCCCGGUCUACCCUACGCUGCUUGAGUUGCGUAAGAAGUGGGACCCCAACGGCAUCUUUUACGCCGUUGCGACUCCUGGUACAGAAGACUGGGAAGAGAUCGAGUACAACACGAGACUUUGCAAGAAGCUGUAG